UGUAGUGCUGCUGGAUGGCCUCCCAUAGAGGAAAUGCUGGGUCGGGCUACAGAAGAUUCUGAAUGCCAGCACAAAGAGACUUUAUUCUUAAAAUGAUAAGUCACUACACGAUUUGAACUUCAUUAAAGUAUGGUUCAUUUAACGGUUCUACAGGGUGUCUCUUGAUGUUGUGUUCAGAAUGGAUUGGAAGGGUGUGAGUAGAGGCCAGACAUCAGGAUGCUCUGCUGAUUAAGUACUGAUAGUGGUUAGUAGUUAAUAGACAGGAUGUCUGCUGUGUUGGUAAAGGGAAGUCUUGAGGAAUAUGCUGGGGGUAAAAUGAAAUACCCAAUCAUGGAUUAGAUGUGGUAAAAAGAGAAAAGGACAAACAAAAGAUGCUUCCUCAUGUGUAAGCAAACUUUGUCAGGCUCGAAUCACAGAGAAAAAGAGUGCUGUGGAGGACAGCCUGCAUUUCUGUGGGCAACACCCCAGCAGGGAUUUAGUGCUAGGAGCAUUAAGGAAGCUGAGGCCACUGGGACUUGCGGAACACUUGGAAGUAUGUAAACUUCCUCCAGAGGAGAGAAAAAGUGUGUGUGUGUGUGUGUGUGUGUGUGUGUGUGUGUGUGUGUGUGUGUGUGUGUGUACAGGCAUGUAAAUUCUACAGCUGUAGUCUCUGAGGCUGGAGAAUCACGGGUUCCACAACACCCUAAGCUAUAUAGUGAAACAAAGGAGAGCGAAGUGUCCAGACCAUCAGACUGUCUCCAUUCGCCUUUUCCUAGAUGGAUCUUAGAGGCCUCCGGCAUACCUCUCUGCAUGCGCUGUCCAGGAGUUCUGAGUAGGCAGAGGAUGGAGCUUAGAGGUCUCCUGCACACUUCUCUGCAUGCGCUGUCCAGGAGUUCUGAGUAGGCAGAGGAUGGAUCUUAGAGGCCUCCGGCAUACCUCUCUGCAUGCGCUGUCCAGGAGUUCUGAGUAGGCAGAGAGGCGACUUUCGUCUUCUGGAAUAACCUCCUGCAGUAAGGAGGUGGGCGGGCUCUGGGACUGAUAAGCUAAAUUAGAUGGAAAGUGGCUCAAAUCAGAUUCUAGGUGAUUGACUGCUCCUGCCUCUCGACUCACUGCUCCUGUUUUCUAUUCCACUCAUUUGGCAAAUGAUGACGGUCUGUCUUGUGACACUUCUCAUAUUAUUACUUCAUUGUUCACCUUCUUGCAUUUUUUCUCUCCUUUUUUUCUCCAGCCUUAUUGAUUAGUCCUUGGGGGUUAGAGAUGAUGUUUCCUUGCUUUUUGUAUUUUUCUUACUCCUGAUCCUAAAAAAGGGACCAUGCUUGUAUUAAUUGACAGUUGCUGCUUGAGAAGGGAUAUUUUCUAAGGAAUGUUGUUAAAUGAAUCUUAUUUUUAGAAAGUAAAAAAUUCUACUCAUUAUGUUUUAUAUAAAAGCAUGUACCAUCAGAGUAAAUAAAUUCGAGAUAAUUUGUUCUGGUUAAUAUUACAAAAAUCAUGGAAAGGCUUAGGGUUUUUUUUGUUGUUGUUGUUGUUUUUGCGAAAGUGAAACUUUCUAAAUAGGACAGAAUGUCAAAUCAUGAAAUUUCUAAAAGCGACAAAUCAGGCAGUAUUAUGUGGCUCAAUCUAGUAAGAUCCAAUAGUAAUUCAUCUGCUUGCUUCCAUCUGAGAUGGAAUGAGCUCAAGGGAAGCAAGUCCCCCUCUGCUUUAGUCUUAGAGAUAGGAAGCUAGGGAGAUGCAGGUCCUGGGCAGAAGUCGAUGUCAGGGGCAAGAACUUGAGCCAUCACUGAUUCCUGUCAUGAGUCGGUACCACUGUGGUUGAUAGGCCCUCCCUGCUACAUUGGAACCUCCAGAACAUUGAUGUCACAUCAAUAAGGGUCAUUGUCAUGAAUGGCCUGGCUCUUCUGGGCUCUGGGUUCAGAGUUGAUCUGCAUCAUGUCAGUGAUCUUCACUCCCAACUUGCUUUGAGGCAAGGCCAGGGUCAAUGACAAUAUCCUGGAGGAGAAUGACCAGCUGAUCCACCAUAUUGUAGAAUAUCAGAACAAGGGUCAAGCAAAUGAAUGCAUUAAGUACAAACAUAUGUUUGAUAGAAAUCUCAUUUAUUUAGUUACCAUUGCAGAUGCCAGCAUAAUCAGUCUCAGUAAGGUGGUGGAAUAAUCUUCCCGGUGGCUGUUCUAAAGAGUGAUAGAACAGAACCCAUCUCUUAUGAAAUAGAGACGUGAUUGCUACCAACUCAGCUAUUUAGAACAGGAGUGAAAAGUCUGACUUCUUUUAAACUGUGAAGAAAGCUACUAACACCACUAUAUUCUCAGUGUAAAUAUUGUAGUAAUAAAGCAGAUCCUGCA